AUUGGCUGCCGCUUACCCCAUGCUGAGGCAACGGCGUCCGCGCCUGCUCCUUCUCCGGCGCCCUGCGAGGUCCCGUUCGCCGCCAACGCCUCCGCCUGCCGCCCUUCCCGCCGGCCGCCCUGCAACAGCCGCGCCGCCGGGCGCCUGGGGCAACACCUCGGCGGCGGCGUUGGGCUGGAACCGCUCGAGCCCAUGCCGGUGGCGGCAAUGGCAGGCGCGGGCGGCCGGCGGGACCCUGCCGCGUGCCCGCGGGCGGCGGCCCCUCCGCUGUUCACGGCCAUCGCCAUCAUGGCCCUCUACUCCGUGGUCUGCGUCGUGGCGGCUCUUCGGCAACUCUUGUCCAUGUAUUUUCAUCGUCAGGUACACGAAAAUGAAGACUGCCACCAAUAUCUAUAUUUUCAAUCUUGCCUUGGCAGAUGCCCUAGCAACAAGUACUCUGCCAUUCCAGAGUGUGAAUUACUUGAUGGGAACGUGGCCAUUUGGUACCAUCCUCUGUAAGAUUGUUAUAUCCAUAGACUACUACAAUAUGUUCACCAGUAUCUUUACACUCUGCACCAUGAGUGUAGAUCGCUACGUAGCUGUUUGCCACCCAGUUAAGGCCCUUGAUUUCCGUACCCCCAGAAAUGCCAAAAUUGUCAAUGUCUGCAACUGGAUUCUCUCUUCUGCCAUUGGCCUGCCAGUUAUGUUCAUGGCAACUACUAAAUACAGGCAUGGCUCAAUUGACUGCACACUUGCAUUCUCCCACCCUGCAUGGUACUGGGAGAACCUCCUGAAAAUCUGUGUGUUCAUCUUUGCCUUCAUCAUGCCAGUCCUGAUAAUUACUGUGUGUUAUGGGCUGAUGAUUUUACGCCUGAAGAGUGUGCGCAUGUUAUCCGGCUCCAAAGAGAAGGAUAGGAACCUGCGGAGAAUCACAAGGAUGGUUCUUGUAGUGGUGGCAGUGUUUAUUGUCUGCUGGACUCCCAUCCACAUUUAUGUCAUCAUUAAAGCCCUGGUCAACAUCCCAGAAACUACUUUCCAGACUGUCUCCUGGCACUUCUGUAUUGCUCUAGGGUAUACAAAUAGCUGCCUUAAUCCAGUCCUUUAUGCAUUUCUAGAUGAGAAUUUCAAAAGGUGUUUCAGAGAGUUCUGCGUCCCCACCUCCUCAACCAUUGAGCAGCAAAACUCCACCCGAAUCCGACAAAACACUCGUGACCAUGCUUCCACUGCCAACACUGUGGAUAGGACUAACCAUCAGUUGGAACUUCAAGAAGCUGAAACUACUCCACUGCCGUGACAGGGUCUCCUGCUGCAUGGCUCUCAAAGCAGUUGCACACCAGUGCCACAGUGUGUCUGGGCAGUAUGCUAUGGGAACGUGUAGGAUAUACUUUCCCUCAAAAAAACACCACAGAGGAAAGCAUCUGCUUUUCCAGUCUGUCACAAAUUGCUUCUGCAGCACAUCUACUUUGCACAGAAUAGAAGCAUGAAAUAUAACAGCAAGUAGAGCCAAGAGAUACGGGGGCUUGCCAGGCUCCAGUGUUCAAAACAGUCAUGUUUACCAGGAAUACAUACAUGAGUCUAAAACACAGCUAUUGUACCUGUGGCAAUCUGACAUGCUCUUGAUAAGUUUACAGUGGUGUUAAAACAGGUUGGAAACAAAAAUUCAAAGGCUGGACAACUUACUUUGAAAAAUGAAAGUGAGCUUUUAAUGACGGGAAAUAAUGUGAUAUGAAGUUUUAAUACUGUUGGGUACACUCUAUUUAUUCUUAAAAUUUGUAGAAGUGUUUCCUGUGCAGGUUAUUUGCGUGCUGAAGUCUAACAAGGUCAUCUAGAACAACACAUUUGCAGUUCAAGAGGUCUUCUCUUACAGGAUUGCAAUUUCAAAGGAAAAAUAUUUCUUUCAGUGAUCACUUAAAAAAAAAACCCCAAAACUCCAAGCUUCAC